GGCGCCGUGACAUUGUCACACUGUGUUUCAUAACGAUGAGAAAAAUCAAGGCCUAUUCCUAUUCCUAUUCCUAUUCUAUAUUUAACUUUCGAUGUCAGCUAUGCUACUAUAGGUGAUUUGUCGUUAGUGCAGUAAGCUUUCUUGGAUGUGUAGCUCUUGUCUUCCGUGGUUUUACUUCUUCAUAUUCCGACUAGUUACCUAGUCAUUCCGACAAGAAGAAUGACAAGAUAACUCGGCGUUCCGCAUUAAACAAUGUCUCGAAAAUAUUUGAUAAUUAUUGGCGCAACUAUUGUCUCAUGCCUUCUUCUAGCCUUCGGUUCUUCGUAUAGUUCUAUCGGCUCCAAUCCACCCAACUUGAAAUCGCCAGACAAUAUAAAGCCGCCAGCCGAGUCCCAACCUUCACUUCCCCCGGGUUUCCCCAAGAAGAUUUGGCAGAGCUGGAAAGAUGAUUCCGACGACCCGACUGACCGAACUGUUGGCUUUCCACACCAAUGGCGUGUCGUAAACCCUCAGCAUCGAUAUGAACGUAUCACCGACGCCAACGGCGAAACCUUCAUUGCAGACCGUCUCCCUUCGGCUAUUGCGGAUCUCUUUGCCAAUUUCACUGAUCCUAUCCUGAGGGCCGACUUCUUGCGGUAUUGUGUGAUGCUUGUCGAGGGUGGCGUAUGGGCUGAUAUUGAUGUCUUCCCUCACCGUCCUGUCUCUGAAUGGGUUCCUCGGCAAUACCUAGACAAGGCGAAUCUUGUAGUUGGAAUUGAGAACGAUCACCACAAAAGACCCAUUUGGCGAGGUUCUCCAUAUUCUGUUCAGCUCGCGCAAUAUACUAUCUUGGCGAAGCCUCACCACCCGGCUAUAGCUAAACUAGUGGAUCGAGUCAAAGGGAAUCUUGAGAAGUUAUUUCAAUCGAAGACGCCCGGAGGAACCGUCACCUUCGAGGAUGUUAUGGCAACAACGGGUCCUUUUGCAUUCACCGAGGUUCUAAUGGACUAUUUCACGAAUGCUACGGGUAUCAAGCACACUGGAGAUGAACUUGAUAGUCUCAAAGAGCCAAAGCUCAUUGGAGAUGUAUUGGUACUGCCUAAGGAUUCUUUCGGCUGGCUACCGCAAGACCAUUAUCUCGAAAAGGGGGAUCCUGGUAUUCUAGUUGAGCAUCUGUUUAUAGCAUCUUGGCGUGGAAGCCAUCCGGGUUGACGGCGUACAGAUCUGGGAUUACUCUUUAUGCCUCUCAUGGUGCACAAGUCAUUUUGGCUUCCAUGAUAAUGUGUAUAUACUUCAGGCAAGCUUCACCGCGGGUUCAUAGACCGCUUGACUAUCUAGGGAUUAUGCGAUGGUAUUCCGUACACAACAGGAUUUGUACUAUAGUGCGAAACUGGGUGGAAUCUAGGCUGCUGGGGACAGAUAUUCUCUGGGUGGCUCACGAUCGCGUAACAUUCGUGAAAUUAGAGGGGCUCGGCAAGAUAUGUCGGGGAGCACAUCAUG